CCAAAAUCAAAAAAAUAGGUCAAAAAUGUUAAUGCUUUAUCCUCUCAUUACUACAAUUAUCCUGUUCUUAUCACCGGAACGAUCACAAGCCCUAAACCAAACCAAAAAUGACCAUUCUUCUCUAGGAUCAAACUCCGCCGCCGUCACCUACCAUGGUGGCCGGAUCUUAACAGAACCAACCGGAAUCAAUGUCUACAUUAUAUGGUACGGCGCAUUCUCUAUAGAAGACAGAACAUCUAUAAUUGAUUUCUUUAAUUCUUUUACUCAAAAAGAUCAUCUCAAAGAACCAACCGUCGCAACCUGGUGGAAAACAACGGCGUCGUAUAAAGACAAGGCGAAUAAACCGGUUUCAAGAAUCGUUAAACUCGGCAAACAGACCGGCGAUGUUUAUUCUGUAGGGAAGAAACUGCACCGGUCUGACAUUGCUCAGAUUAUGAAUAAUCAGAUAACGAAAAAGAAACUACCGGCUGAUCGUAACGGAAUAUACCUGGUUUUAACGGCGAAAGAUGUGACCGUUGACAAGUUUUGCAUGAAUUCGUGUGGAUUUCAUUCACAGAAUAAGAGACUGGUGUACGCUCACGUCGGAUAUUCUUCGCAGUGUCCGGGUUUAUGUGCAUGGCCUUAUGCAGUUCCGGCGUACGCUCCUCCAGGAAAACCGCCGGUUGCACCGAACGGAGUUGCCGCCGAUGGAAUGAUUAUAAAUAUUGCGACGGUUCUUGCAGGAGCGGCUACCAAUCCUUUUAAGAAUGGAUAUUUUCAAGGUGACGCUUCAGCGCCGCUUGAGGCGGUGUCGGCUUGUCCCGGAACGUUCGGUCCCGGAGCUCAUCCUGGUUAUCCUGGACGUUUGUUACAGGAUAAGAAAAGCAAGGCGAGUUAUAAUGCUUAUGGUGUUAAUGGCCGGAAAUAUCUGUUGCCGGCGAUUUGGGAUAUUUCGAGCUCCAGCUGCAAGGUGGUAUAAUUGAUUCAGAAUUUGUAUCAGGUUUUUUUUCAGGAUUGGAAGAUUAAAGGUGUGACUGGGAUAUUCUUGUAUUGUAACAAUUUCAUGGAGCACAAGUCCAAAUUAAUAUUUAAUUUAUUUUUGCUUUAAUUGGAAGGCGUUGUAAUAGUUUAACAAGAGAAAACGAAUGAAUUGCAAUUUAUGUAUCUUUAAA